AGUUCCAUUGUUCUUUCCCCAAAAAGAACCAUUUAAAGCUCUCUUUCUCGAGUCUCAACUGUGUUCACAUGAAACUUCGCACCGCUUUCUUCUCUUCCUUACAACAAAAAAAAAAAAAAAAACUUUGACAAAAAGCUUUCAACUUUCAAACUCUGGUUCUUUGUCUUCAUCAUCACCAUCACCAUCCUCAGUGUGUUAGUUAACAUGGACGCUCUGCUUCAAGUUUCAGUUGAUGGGUUCAGAUUUGAGAACGGAUCUGGGUCUUGUUGCAAACCCAGAAACAACAAUCUCGAAUCUGGGACCAAUCUCUUCCCCAGUUUCCACGAGCCUCAGACUCAGUCUUCUUCACCAAACGAUUCACCUCCAUCUGUGUGUUUGGAUAACUCCCCUGUUCUUAAGUACAUCAAUGACAUGUUGAUGGACGAAGAAGAUUUCGUCGGCGAAUCUCGUGACAAUUUGGCUUUACAAGCCGCUGAGAGAUCUUUCUACGAGAUACUUCAGCAGCAAUCUCCAGAAUCUGAUCAUACCACUAGUUCCUCCUCCGAUCAAAACUCCGGUGACGACCCAUUUUUCACGUCUAUCAGCACAACAACGACUUCAGCAGAUUCAGCAGCGCUGGUUUCGAACGGAGAAUCACAGAGGAAGUAUCGUCAUCGGGAUGAUGAAGAAGAUGAUCUCGAGACUAACCGGAGAAACAAACAACCUGCGAUUUUUGUCUCGGAGAUGGAGGAGUUAGCAGUAAAGUUCGAGCAUGUGUUGUUGGUAUGCAAAGCGAACCAAGAAGAAGAUGAAUCAUCAAUAACGAAACAACAGAGUCAACAACCAAACAGAGCAGGGAGAGCUAAAGGUUCAUCUAACAGAUCCAAGACGCAAAAACCUAAUUCAGUUGAUCUUCGGAGUCUCUUGACGCAAUGUGCACAAGCUGUAGCGAGCUUUGACCAGAGAAGAGCUGCGGAGAAACUCAAGGAGAUAAGAUCACACUCUUCUAGCAGUGGAGAUGGGACACAAAGACUUGCUUUUUACUUUGCAGAUGCGCUUGAGGCACGCAUUACUGGAAACAUAGCACCACCUGUCUCUACUCCGUUUCCUUCUAGCACCACAUCCAUGGUGGACAUCUUGAAAGCGUACAAGCUCUUUGUUCAUACUUGUCCCAUCUAUGUAACGGAUUACUUUGCAGCAAACAAGUCAAUCUAUGAGCUUGCUUUGAAAGCAACUACGCUUCAUAUAGUUGAUUUUGGCGUUCUCUAUGGCUUUCAAUGGCCUUGUCUUUUACUAGCCCUGUCUAAACGACCGGGAGGACCACCAAAGCUCCGUGUGACUGGAAUCGAGCUGCCACAAUCAGGUUUCCGUCCUUCAGACCGAGUCGAAGAGACUGGUCGAAGAUUGAAAAGGUUCUGCGAUAAGUUCAAUGUCCCGUUUGAGUUCAACUUCAUAGCCAAGAAAUGGGAAAGCAUCAGUCUUGAUGAAAUUGUGAUCAAUCCAGGAGAGACAACUGUUGUCAAUUGCAUUCAUAGGUUGCAAUACACCCCGGAUGAGACUGUGUCACUGGACUCUCCAAGAGACACGGUUUUGAAGCUAUUCAGAGAUAUCAAUCCUGACCUCUUUGUGUUUGCAGAGAUUAAUGGCAUGUACAACUCUCCCUUCUUCAUGACGAGGUUCCGAGAAGCGCUUUUUCAUUUCUCUUCACUCUUUGACAUGUUUGACACCACAAUACAAGCAGAGGAUGAAUACAAAAACAGGGCACUGUUGGAGAAAGAGUUACUUGUGAGAGACGCGAUGAGUGUGAUUUCCUGCGAAGGUGCUGAGCGUUUUGCGAGGCCUGAAACCUACAAGCAAUGGAGAGUUAGGAUUUUGAGAGCAGGGUUUAAGCCAGCAACAAUAAGCAAACAGAUCAUGAAGGAGGCUAAGGAAAUAGUGAGAAAACGUUACCAUAGAGAUUUUGUGAUCGAUAGUGAUAAUAACUGGAUGCUUCAGGGAUGGAAGGGAAGAGUCAUUUAUGCUUUUUCUUGUUGGAAACCUGCAGAGAAGUUAACAUAUAAUCAUGUAAGCAUCUGAAAAUGUUACUUCUCUAUUGUUUCAUUUUUGUCUCCCGAUAGUAUUGUGGAAUAUGUUUGAUCCCAUGAGUGGAAUGAAUUUCUUUUUUCCUGCAAGUACAUAUUGGAUUCAAACCUUCUUGAAAAUAUUAAAAAACUGUUCUUCA